UAAUAUAUAACAUCAUCGUCUCGAUAUAAAUAUCAACGCGACCGUCAAUAUUAUUGUGUUGACGAUAUAAGCGGACUACGGGUACGCUUCUCAAAGGAUAAGUUACCUGUUCAUUUGCCGAUUCUCUAGCCUGUGAGCGAUGGAUUCUACUUCUGCACUCGUCGUCAAGGUGAGCUAUGGAGGUGUGCUUAGGCGAUUCAGGGUGCCUGUGAAAGCUAAUGGACAGCUUGAUCUUGACAUGGCCUCUCUUAGGGGAAAGAUCGCUGCUCUGUUUAACCUCCCUCUGGAUGCUGGUUUCUCUCUGACUUACUCUGAUGAAGAUGGGGAUGUGGUGGCUCUAGUUGAUGACAACGACCUCUUUGAUGUCACGAAUCAGCGACUUAAGUUCUUGAAGAUAAAUGUACAGUUGAACACUGGUAUGACCACUAACUCUAUUGCUACGGAGAGAAGUGGGAGGAGUUCAUCAGCUUCGGGCAUGCCUGAUAGCCAAAACCCGGUUGCUAUAAUCCAGAAGGGUAUAAAUGAUGUUAUGAUGGCUGUACCUAACCCGAUGCGUGAUACUAUUUCCAAGGUGUAUAUUGACCUUACUUCUAAGGCUGCAUCUUCUAGUCCUGUGGUUGGUGAGCUGUUUGAUUGCAUCUCCAAGCUAGGGAAACUCUCGAUUAGUCAGGAAGGUACUCCUUGCUCUCCUGUUACUAAGCCUGGUUCUUCAGUUCCUUCCGCUGGUGAAAAGAAGGAUAUCUCUAAGAAGUCCCAGGCCGGAAAAAACCCCACUGGCUUUGCUGAUUCCAAGACUUCUCGUCAUGUGCCAAACUCAUGGGGAGUGGGAGCUAGUUUCAACGAGUGUCCCUUCAGUGGCGUAAAUGGAUCCAGUCCAAAUCCAAUGAACCUCAACAAGUAUCCCCUUGGUGUACGUCACUCUAAAAAGGGCAGCAAUGAUGAUUACUGGACCUCCUCACUGGGAGUCUUCCAUAAGGGCAUCCAGUGUGAUGGAUGUGAAGUUGUUCCAAUAACCGGGCCUAGAUUUAAGUCUAAAGUGAAAGAAGACUAUGAUCUUUGCAAUAACUGCUUCUCGGUGAUGGGUAACGAAUGGGACUACACGAGAAUGGAUGAGCCCGUCUCAGUUCGACAUCUACAUCCCUUUGGAGGACAACGUGUCCCAUUUUCAAAUCCGUGGUUGGGCCCUGUGCCGCAACCACACCAUGGAGGCUCAGAUUUCAGGAGUACCUGGACUAAACUCGACAGUCGCUUUGUGCUUGAUGUGAAUGUAAUUGAUGGAACAGUUGUCGCUCCAUCUGCUCCAUUCACUAAGAUUUGGAAAAUGAGGAACAAUGGAUCGCUGGUGUGGCCGCGUGGCACACAGAUAUUCUGGAUCGGUGGAGACAGAUUCAGCAACUCAUUUGCAGUUGAUUUACAGAUUCCAGCGGAGGGUGUGCCCAUCAACGGUGAGCUUGAUGUGAAAGUUGAUUUUGUUGCACCAGAGUUACCUGGUCGAUACAUUUCUUAUUGGAUGAUGGCGUCCCCUAUUGGUGUUAAGUUCGGGCAACGUGUUUGGGUGUCGAUAAAUGUUGAUGCAUCGCUGAAGGGAACUGAUGCGAAUGAGUUUCAUGGACUGAACUUGAACGCCUUUCCUGAUGAAACAUUUGCACGAGAGUUUACAGGGACCAACGUGAAUUAUGAGCCAGCUCAAACUGGCAGCUCCAGUGUUAACGGGACAUUGAAAGGUGCUGAUCUAGAACGAGAGGCCGCUGGGCCACAGAUCCCGGGAAACGAUGACCUGCUGGUUGGUGACGUUGAGCCUGUUGUUCCUAACACUCUUACUCCAUCUUCAUCUUCAUCUUCGUCAUUAGUUGGGUUCCGAAAUAUGCGUACUGUUGAGGCCUUGGGCGGUGGUUAUUCAUUUACAAUGGACACCCCUGCUCCUCUUCAAGAGGAUAUAGAGAAGAACGACUUGGAGACAACCAUGCUCAAGGAGCUAGAGGAAAUGGGAUUCAAAGAGAUUGAUUUGAACAAGGAGAUCUUGAAGGAAAAUGAGUACAACUUGGAGCAGUCUGUUGAGGCUCUUUGUGGAGUUAGCGAGUGGGAUCCUAUCCUAGAGGAGCUUCAGGAAAUGGGGUUCUCUGAUGAAGUGACGAACAAGAGGCUUCUGAAGAAGAACAAUGGAAGCAUUAAAGACGUGGUGAUGGAUCUCCUCACUGGGGAUAAGGAGGCUUAAUGUUUUUGGUUUUUAUAAAUAAAACCGUAUGAAUGAUUAUGUAGUGUGUUUGUGUCGCUAGCAUCGUCGCAUCGACCUACUUAGUGUGUUCCAAUGCUCUGUGUUGGAUGGAUGAUGUUUAUUAUCAGAAAUAAAUAAGUAUUAAGACUUCAUGCUUU